ACUUACUCAUUAUCACGCAAGUUUCAAGAAAGAAAUUUUGUCUGGCUAUCUUUCCGUGGAUCCAAUUCAAGAUGAGACCCACUGCGAACCUAUCUUCUCUCUUGCUUUGCACGACAUGACCGUCUUCCCCUCACCUGUAGGCGGAGCUUCACUCCUAUUGUCUUUCCGACUACAAACGCGUACGGUUAUCGUCAUUGGAUCCGAUGCACUUGCUGCGUCUCGAGCAUUCUCAGCUCUCGAAGCUGACUCGCAGGUGGUCGUGCUUGCAAAGGGCGGACUGGACGUCGCGUGUGAAGAGCUCAAGUGGAGGGCAGAGCGCAGUGAAGUCCAGGUCAUUGACCUCAACUCGCUCCCAGGAACUUCUGCAAGCAGCGAUGAUCGGGACGCCGUCGCUCUCGACGCCUACCUGUCGAAUACUCACGGGGUCGCAUUCGUGAUUGUCACAGAUACUAUCCUGGGUACCGACUCCACCCGCCGCAGAAGCUCUGACUCUGCAACGCGCAUAGCGCAGGUCUGCAGAGCACGUAGCAUUCCCGUCAAUGUAACAGAUAUACCCGACCUCUGCGACUUCUCUUUCACUUCCACUCAUCGCUUCUCUGACUCGGAGACCGGUGCUUUGAGUUCCCUCCAGGUCGGCGUCACCACCAAUGGUCAAGGCUGUCGACUUGCAGGUCGUAUUCGGCGCGAUAUUGUCACCAAGCUUCCCAAGGAAUUAGGAGCUGCCGUGGUAAAAGUCGGUCAGCUGAGAACUCUAGCCAAAGCUUCUACGCCUAUCGAAGCAGAGGCCGAGCUAAACGAGGACGAGAGUGUCCCCACGCCGAACCGCCCGGUUCCGCAACGAGCAGUCAACGAAACAGCCGCGGAGGGUGCACGGAGGCGCAUGAAAUGGGUUGCACAAGUCAGCGAGUACUGGCCUAUCUCUCGCCUGGCUAAGAUGACGCAGGCCGAGAUGGAGGCCACCCUAGACGGCCAAGGCAGGUUGCUAACCAAUGACAGCGAAGUGAACUCUCUGCAUGGUCUGUCUGUAAUACCGACUACUCCAUCGGGGCGAGUCUUGCUUGUCGGAUCGGGACCUGGUCAUCCUUCGCUUCUUACGAUUGCGACACGGGACGCUCUUACGAAGCACGCGGAUCUCGUGCUCUCUGACAAGCUGGUACCGGAUGCCGUGCUCGCGCUUAUACCCUCGCAUGUCGAAGUGCGGAUUGCACGCAAGUUUCCAGGAAACGCUGAUGGUGCGCAAAACGAGCUCAUGGAAGCUGCUGUGGAGGCAGCUAAACAAGGACGUACCGUGGUCCGCCUCAAGCAAGGCGACCCCUCAGUGUACGGUCGCGCGGGCGAAGAGGUUCUCUACCUUCGCGCUCACGGCUUCGAACCGAUCGUCAUUCCUGGCGUGAGCUCCGUACUUGCAGGACCGACGUUUGCAGGGAUCCCUAUCACACAGCGUGGUGCUGCCGAGUCCUUCGUCGUUUGCACCGGCGUCGGACGGCAGGGCAAGGAAGUCAAGCUGCCGGGUUACGAACGCACUCGCACGCUCGUACUCCUCAUGGGCAUUGCACGCCUGCCGCAGAUUCUCGAGACACUUCAAUCCGCGGACCCCAUUGUCGCAAGCAGGCGCAACGGUGCCGCGUACCCCACGGGACUGCCUGUCGCGCUUAUCGAGAGGGCGUCUAUGCCCGACCAACGCGUCAUUGUUUCAACACUUCGCCAUAUCGCAGCCGCCCUUGAGCGUGCAGGCGAGCAACGUCCGCCGGGCAUGCUGAUCGUCGGAUGGUCUGUGCUCUCGCUUUGGGAUAAGGGCGACGUCUCCGUGCUGGAUGAAGGUGCGGAAGAGCAGGACGAAGAACGCAUCAAAUGGUGGCUUGGGGACAAGAAGUGGAGGGCUACGGAGGGUCUGGAAGCAGGCUGGGACUCUUUAUAGAUUUACAUAGAAUAUACCGAGUAACAUAUAUAUA